GUGAUUUUGAAUUUCCAUGAUAAUCCAAUUUCCAAUAAUUUUUUUUGAAUGAGAAAUUCAAUUUCCAAUAUGUAUUGGAUUGGAUUGGAUCUUAAUAAUAAUAAUAUAUAGUAAAAAAUGAGAGGACAUUGACAACACAUUUGUUUUGUUUUGGUUCUCCAGCUUUGUUACAGAUGUCAAGAAUAAUCAUCAUGGCCAGCAACAACAGUGACAAGAACAAAGAAAAAGAGAAUGAUUAUUUCUUAGAUGCUAAUGAAGAUGAAACUGAUAUUGAAGCUGUUAACUACGAUAGUGACAGUAGUAAUAAUAAUGAUGACGACGACGAAGAUGAUCGCAUUGCUACUCAUCGACCUGAAUCUUUCACUUCUCAACAAUGGCCUCAAAGUUACAAUGAGGCUCUUGAUCCAUUGACAAUUGCGGCUGCACCAAAUAUUGGAUCAGUUCUAAGAGCACCAAGUGUUAUUUACGCAAGCUUUGCCGCGGGUCGUUCUUCCAAGAGUUACUUGGAAUUACAAGAUGGUUUUCUAACUGGUACUCAAAUUCAAGAAUCGACAUGGUGGGAGAAAGCUUCCAUUCAAAAGAAUAUUCCUGAAGAAUUGCCUAUUGGUUAUGGAUGUACCUUCACUCAAACUAUUUUUAAUGGGCUUAAUGUGUUGGCUGGAGUUGGGCUUCUAUCUGCACCUGAUACUGUGAAGCAAGCUGGGUGGGCAAGUUUGCUGGUAAUAGUUGUUUUUGCAGUUGUAUGUUUUUAUACAGCAGAGCUUAUGAGACAUUGCUUUCAAAGCAGAGAAGGUAUCAUUAGCUACCCAGAUAUUGGAGAAGCUGCAUUUGGAAAAUAUGGCCGAGUUUUUAUAUCAAUCGUUUUGUACACCGAGUUAUAUUCAUAUUGUGUGGAAUUUAUCAUCAUGGAAGGUGAUAACCUUUCUGGUCUGUUUCCUGGAACAUCCUUGCAUUGGGGAAGUUUAAAUUUGGAUGGCAAGCACUUAUUUGCAAUUUUGGCUGCACUUAUUAUUCUCCCUACCGUUUGGUUGAAGGAUCUUCGUUUUGUCUCCUAUCUCUCAGCUGGAGGGGUUGUUGGUACUGCUUUGGUUGGUGCUUGUGUGUAUGCUGUUGGAACAAGAAAAGAUGUUGGCUUCCAUCACACUGCUCCAUUGGUGAACUGGAGUGGUGUUCCAUUUGCUUUUGGUAUUUAUGGGUUUUGCUUUGCGGGACAUUCAGUUUUUCCCAAUAUUUAUCAAUCUAUGGCUAACAAAAAAGAUUUUACGAAGGCAAUGCUCAUAUGUUUUGUUUUGCCGGUGUUUUUAUAUGGAAGCGUCGGAGCUGCGGGAUUUCUUAUGUUUGGCGAAAGGACUUCAUCUCAGAUAACAUUGGAUCUACCACGAGAUGCAUUUGCUUCCAAAGUCUCCUUGUGGACUAUAGCAAUUAUCCCACUAACUAAAUAUGCUUUGAUGAUGAACCCACUGGCAAGAAGUUUGGAGGAAUUGUUGCCUGAUAGCAUCUCACGCACUAAUUGGUGCUUCCUUCUUCUCAGAACAGCAUUGGUUAUAUCUACAGUUUGUGCUGCUUUUCUGAUUCCAUUUUUCGGGCUAGUGAUGGCUUUAAUUGGUUCUCUCCUCAGUGUACUUGUGGCAAUGGUUUUGCCAGCUUUUUGUUUUCUGAAAAUUGUGGGGAAAAGGGCUACAAAUAAACAGGUUAUUCUCAGUGUGGUAAUUGCUGCAUUUGGAAUAGUAUGUGCUUCCCUUGGAACAUAUUCAUCUCUAUUAAAGAUUGUGAAGAGGAGCUGACUGACACUCUUUAAUUUCAGCAAGUGGCCAGUUACCUACCUUUGGUCCCAUUGAGUGUUACACAUAUGGUGAAUGGAAUGAUAUACAACAAAAUCUUUAUUGUUUGCACUGUCGAAAAUGGAGUCAAACUUAAGCCGUUUAGUUUGCUGUUUCAGAGCAAUGUUUUUUUAGCAUUGUCUCUGUGGUUAACACCAUAGAUCCAUGAUUAUUUUGGUACUAGUACAACUAUGUGUGCUAAAUCAUUAGAAUUUUUUUAUCUUCUUUGCUAAAGUUUUGAAUGAACUAAAAUUCAUUUUAUAGUGAAUAGAGGUUAAUGUUGAAGGAUUAAUUUAUAUAUCGGAUUAUAUUAAUUAAUACCAUGAAAGCUAUGUGAUAUAAA